CCCGGCUGUGGGGGAUGCAGAAGAACCGUCCAGCCAUGAACUACGACAAGCUGAGCCGCUCUCUGCGUUAUUACUACGAGAAGGGAAUCAUGCAGAAGGUCGCCGGCGAGCGCUACGUCUACAAGUUUGUGUGCGAGCCCGAGGCGCUCAUCUCGCUGGCGUUCCCCGACAGCCAGCGGCCGAGCCUGAAGGCGGAGUUCGAGCGCUACGUCAACGAGGAGGACACGGUGCCGCUGUCCCACCUGGACGAGGGGGGGCCGUACCCGCCGGAGCAGGGGCCGCCCGGCCCCGCCCCCGGCCCCGCCCCGGGCCCCCAGCAGUACUCCAAAGGCUACAUGUACUAAAGCCAGCCCCACCCCCACACCGCCAGCCCCGCCCACAAACCCCCAUCUGCAUACCCCCCCACCCCGAGACCCCUGCACCUCUGGCACCCCCCCUGUAUAUACGGCUCUGGUGUUUCUUUGUUCUAAGUUAACCUCGGGAAGCGUCCUCCGGUGUUUCAGCUGCUUCCUCUCAGUAACACGACUGUUUGAACCGUCGCUUAAUAAAACCUCUCCUGAGACCACCCCACGCCGCCGGCGCCGUUUCUGCUGCUGCUCACGCUACUGCCAGACGCCCCCUCUGGAGGGACCGGCGGUCUUCCUGACCCCUCUGGAGGGACCGGCGGUCUUCCUGACCCCUCUGGAGGGACCGGAGGUCUUCCUGACCCCUCUGGAGGGACCGGCGGUCUUCCUGACCCCCUCUGGAGGGACCGGCGGUCUUCCUGACCCCUCUGGAGGGACCGGCGGUCUUCCUGACCCCUCUGGAGGGACCGGCGGUCUUCCUGACCCCUCUGGAGGGACCGGAGGUCUUCCUGACCCCUCUGGAGGGACCGGCGGUCUUCCUGACCCCUCUGGAGGGACCGGCGGUCUUCCUGACCCCCUCUGGAGGGACCGGAGGUCUUCCUGACCCCCUCCAGAGGGACCGGCGGUCUUCCUGACCCCUCUGGAGGGACCGGCGGUCUUCCUGACCCCUGUAGAGGGACCGGCGGUCUUCCUGACCCCUCUGGAGGGACCGGCGGUCUUCCUGACCCCCUCUAGAGGGACCGGCGGUCUUCCUGACCCCUCUGGAGGGACCGGCGGUCUUCCUGACCCCUCUGGAGGGACCGGCGGUCUUCCUGACCCCCUCUAGAGGGACCGGCGGUCUUCCUGACCCCCUCUAGAGGGACCGGCGGUCUUCCUGACCCCCUCUAGAGGGACCGGCGGUCUUCCUGACCCCCUCUAGAGGGACCGGCGGUCUUCCUGACCCCUCUGGAGGGACCGGCGGUCUUCCUGACCCCCUCUGGAGGGACCGGCGGUCUUCCUGUAGCCUCACUUCCUGAUCUCAGUAGAAAAAACAAUAUUUUCAGGUUUCACUCAGCGACGGUCCCUGGAGCCGGUCUCUGUGUCCGGGGUCAGGUCGCCGGGCCCCCUGCCGUCGGCUGCCACCCUGCCCACCCUGCACCGGGCCCGGACGGGUCCCUCGGCAGGUGGUGAGUCCACGAGAGGUCAGAGCCACGGCGCCCCUGGAGCUGGACCCGGCCGGGCGCCGUGGGCAAGGCCCGGUCACCGGGCGCUCGCUUCACAGUCCCAGCCCCAGGCCUGGAUCCAGGGUGGGGCCCCGGCUCCAGGCUGGGGCCUUGGCUCUGGGGUGGGACCGGGUUUCAGGGUGAGGGUGAGGC